CUGCCCGAGCCAGGGCGGCGGCGGGCCGGAGGGCGACGUGGAGCGGCCACGUGGAGCGGCCCGGGGGAGGGCCCGGCGGGGAGCCGAGGAGCGGCCGCCGCACAGCCUCUAGCCGCCGCGAAGCCGGAGCCCAGCCCUCGCCGCGCUCGCCGCAGUCUUUCCAGCGUGGCGGCUUCGGGGACGCCAGACUUCUUCCGUGGCGGCUCAGGGCUCCACAGGGGCCUAUGUGCGUGUGAGGAGACAGAGGGAGAGUGAAGCAGAACCAGUUCCAGUUCCGGCAAGGAUGUUGUUACCUUUGGCAACGAGAAUGUUAGUGCUGCUGCUGCCCCUGAGUCAGGCUGCUCCCAAGGACGGAACUGUGAGGCUGGACCCUGAGGUGCAGCAGCAGCCCCUGUCCAACCCCUUCCAGCCAGGCCAGGAGCAGCUUCGGCUUCUGCAGAACUACCUACAGGGACUGGAGAGGAUGGAAAAGGAGCCCGAACACAUGACCCGGGAGCAGGUUCUCCUCUACCUCUUUGCCCUCCACGACUAUGACCAGAGUGGACAGCUGGAUGGCCUGGAGCUGUUGUCCAUGUUGACCGCAGCUCUGGCACCUGGAGCUGCUGAUUUUCCCAUCGCCAACCCGGUGAUCCUGGUAGUGGACAAGGUGCUCGAGACCCAGGACCUGAACGGGGAUGGGCUCAUGUCCCCUGCAGAGCUCAUCAACUUCCCAGGAGAGGCCCCAAGGCACACAGAGCCCGAAGAGCCCCCAGAGCCACAAGACAUUGGGAGGCAGCCCCCAUUAGCUAACAGCGUGCCAGGACAAGAGCUGCAGGGAGCCUUGGGUCCCAGAGAAGAUGGGGGACAGGUAGAGGCCAGAAGGGAGUCCUCAGAGCCUGUGCAGGAGGCUGGGGGACAGGCAGAGGCUGAAAGAGAAGUCCCAGGCCCUGCAACAGAGGCUACAGGACAGGCAGAGGCCAGGGACACUGUAAAGGAUGCAGAGGAUGCAGGGGAAACACUGGAGUCUAAGAACACCCCAAAUGAGUUUGAAGUUCAUGUUAUUCAACUGGAGAAUGAUGAGAUAUGAACCUUGACGAAAGAGAUCUGCACCCGCAGAAGUCUCAGUACCAGAACAUGAGCCCCGAAGAGUGGGGCGUGUAGGCUGGGACCAGGACUGCCUCUUUGUCCGCUUCCUGGCCCCCAGAGGGGCAGCUCAGGGAGACCUGAAGUUGAGGGCGGCAGCUUUAGGGCCCAGACAACCAAUAAAGAACUGAUGAACU